AUGUCGUAUGUCGUGGAAACCGACGAGAAAGUGACGUUGGAAACGGCGGCCGAAGAACCGCUCUACCACAGUGAGAUGACCGUCGAGCCGGUACACGGGGUCCAGAGACUGUCCUACUACUACGAAGACGAAAGCCUGGAAAAGGCUGGCGGCCGGCUGAAACGCAACGGCGACUACCUGCUUCGUUCGGUCACCUCGGCCAGAGGCCGAAAGGCGGUCGUGCUGUGCGUUCGCUGGGAAGACGAGGUGAAGGAGUUUCGUUUCAAGCGAGAGCCGCGCACUCGGCGAUACAUGUUGCCUCGGCUGACUCGGUACGAACCGCUAGAAACGCUGCCGACCAUUGACCAGUACGUAAAGUUUCUGGUCAACUGUCGAGUACUGUUGUAUGGCGCGGUCUUGAGACACGCCGUCAGGAACCCUGCUCGUCUCAGUAGGCCUACCGGUACCUCUACGGCCACCUCGAUCACGGAAGUUUUUCAAAGAGACACGAAACGAGACAUGUGGAAGAUGUCCACUGCGCCGUGUGCACUCUUGAACCUCAAAGCUCCGCGGCCACUCCACAUGCUACCUUAUUACCACGGCCUGCUGUACGCAAAUCAGGUUGAUGCACUGCUAACUAAUUCCGGCGACUUCUUGCUCUACGUUGACAGUGUGACCUUAAAACCGACCUUGGGAAUCAUGGCAAACCAAGGAGAUAUGCAGCAGUGCUUCUAUCACGUACCGAUCGAACAAAACAACAAGGGAUACUUCGAAAUCAAGUCUUUAGAUGAAGAACAACGUUUCACGAACGUUGAAGAACUCGUCGAGUAUUACAAAAUUUAUCAAGUUCCUGUCCAGGUAAUUAUGAAUAUGCAAUGA